AUGAUCUACGUGCCCGGGGAGCCCUGUUUGCCACUGAAGAAACUCCUCGAGCGCUGCUCCGCCGACCGCUGCAAAGCCAGCCUGCCGCCCUGGGCUGCAGAGAGCGCUGGAAACUCAAAGCUCUCGCGUCUAGUCGCUGAGGAGGCGCGAUUCUUGAGGCUAUUCCAGAGUAUUGACCUAAGCAGCAAUUUCUACUUCAGUUACUCCUAUGAUCUGACCAACAGUCUGCAACGCAAUCUGGAACCAGUAAGUAGACCUGCCCUCUUGGGUCGGCUAAGCAUAUCUUUUUUACAAACUUUAAAGUGCAGCUUCAUCCGGUUGAGUUUCCUCCUCUUUCGUCGCAACGUCGUGUCAUAA